ACAAAAUUAUAACAACAGCCACGAAGAAGCAGCGGUGGUCCAGUUCCUGGUUCGGCUGUCUCCCCUCUCUUGUUUAUCGAUCAUCGCUCUCCACAUCCCGUCAACAUGUUUAAGGGGCUCGGGACGUGGCUCGGUCUGGAGCGGGCGGAGGAUCCCCCAAGGAGCGGCGACCGUGACCUGUCCAGCCCGGAAGAACGGAUUGUGCAACAACAGAACGAAGUUAACAAACAGCGAACUGAGGAAGACCCGACCGGGACCCAGGAGACCUCCCCGACCGGGACCCAGGAGAUCUCCCCGACCCGGAGCCGGGAGUCCCAGCGGGAUCAGGGACUUGGUGACUACAUCUUCAGCUUUGCCACCAGUGCCACCAAGAAGAUCUCCGAGUCGGUGUCGGGGACGGCGCAGAGUCUGAAGAGGAGCGUGGAGGACGGCAGCAUCGACGGCAUCCUUGACAAGACGUUUCUGGGAGAGUUCCAGAAGGAGCAGGAGAAGUUUGUCCAAGAAAACAAAGCCAAAAGAUCUGACGCAGCCGUGCCUCCUUGGGUGGGCUACAAUGAAGAGGAGACCAUCCAGCAGCAGAUCCUGGCUCUAUCAGCGGACCGGAGGAACUUCCUGCGGGACCCUCCGGCUGGCGUCCAGUUCACCUUCGACAUGGAGCUCAUGUCCCCGCUGGCCUGCGUGAUGCUGGAGGAGGACCAGCUGCUCAACCGCAUGCGCUUCGACCUGGUGCCCAAGCAUGUGAAGGAGGACGUGUUCUGGAGGAACUACUUCUACCGAGUGUCUCUGGUGAAGCAGGCGGCCCAGCUCACCGCCCUGGCGGCCCAGCAGCAGGGAGAUGGGGAGAGGGCAGCCGGCCUCUCCCCCCAGGAGGGCCUCUCCACAGAAAAUCUGCAAGCCAAGAGCCCCCCUGCCUCCAUCGGAGAGGAGCGGAAGGCCCCGGCGAGGGAGGAGGAGGAGCAGCAGGAGGAGGAGGAGGAGGAGGGCCGCAGCAGUCCCGGCGUGUCAGAGUUUGUGAGCGAUGCGUAUGACGGAGCGGCGCUCGACCAGGAGGACCUCAGGAAGGAGAUAAAGCAGCUGGUGCUGGAGCCCGCCAAGACCCCCUCGCCCGACGAGGAGCCGGCGGACUGGGAGAAGGAGCUGCAGCAGGAGCUGCAGGAGUACGAAGUUGUCCCCGAGUCAGACAACAAGGACGACCAGUGGGACCAGGAGAUCGAGAAGAUGCUGCAGGACAGCUAGACUCUGGAGCCAGGACCUCCUCCUCUGGGAUCCUGGAACUCCUCCUCUGGGCUCCUGGACCUCCUCCUCUGGGCUCCUGGUCCUCCUCCUCUGGUCCUCCUCCUCUGGUCCUCCUCCUCUGGGGCCCCUCGGAGGAGGACGGAAUACCCAAACACCAAACUGCAGUUUGGGAGUCUCUCUCUCUCUCUGGCUCUCUCUCAGGGGGGGGUUCCACCUGCUCAUCAUGAAGGCCUUGUGGCUCUCUUCUUUAUGAGUGCAUUUUAACGCUUUUCAGCAAUCUCUUCUUUUCGUGAAGAUCAAUGUAAUGAUGAGGUGGAACAGCUAGGGGGCGCUGUGGAGAUGAUAGCAGCCGUGUUCUGGUAGAGGAUUCUGCUGUGUUGAGUUCCAGGCUAUUUUAGAUCCAUCGCUGAUUCUGUUGCACACUGAAGGGCUGCGGUUCAUUCCAGCAUAGUGUUUAUAGUUCCAUAACUUCAGAUGAUCAAGAGUCUGUCCCCGAACCGCUUCAGUGCACAGUGUUGUUCUGGAUCUGGGUGGCUAUCUGGUCUGUUCCUGUUUCUUGUUAGUUUUCCUCCAACCCGUUUCCAACGUCUACACUAGAUAUUAAACCCAAAGGGUCUAUUUCCUAAUUCCUUUGUUAUGCUACACAAAUUAUACUUGGGUUAAGCUAUCAAUGUAUGAAAUAUGGGAUUUUGCUUAAUAAGUCUGAAAGUUGAUAUGAAAAACUCUAAUAAUAAACAUUAGUAUACAUCCA